AUGCGCCUGGAGAUACACCGUGUUAGUAGCAGCGCCGCUACUUGUGGGUCCAUGGUGGCUAUGUGGGGUAGUGGAGACGACAUUGUCUCCAGCUGUGACCGUAGAAAGGCCGCUGCCCCGUUCGUCGUGCCUAUGAAGCUCCCAAGCACCCGCAAUCCCUCCGCGUGCAGCGGGACCCCCUCGGGCAGCUUCUGGGGAUCUGUGGCUGCUGCACUCCAUGCGGCGCACUUCUCUGGGCGCGGCGUGCUUCCCUCUGGAAGCCAUUCUCCGGUCCGCCUCCCCUUCCAGUCGCUCCUCCUCGUCCGCACCCUCGUCCGCCCCGCGAUGCCCGUGUCGAUUGGCGACGAGUAUUAUUCGUACUCGCCGCGGCCUUUUGUCGUGGCGUCGGCCGCAAGUGCCCCUCCUGCCUCAUCGUCCCCGGCGCCUGCGGCUGUGGGGAUGUCGCCUCUUCCCGCACCUCGAUCUGCGCCGUCGUCGGUGACUCAGGCUGGCCGUGUCCUCGCGCCUGCUGCCCCGCCCGUUCCCGCCGAGGCGAAGUUGUCUGCCCCUGGCGUGGCGCCUGCUGCUGUUGGAGAAGCCUCCGCGCCGCCGCCGGUUGCGCCUGCCGUGGCGCCUUCUGCAGCUGCUGGUGCGGACCCGACUUACCAGCCACCUCCAGCCACCAGCGUCGGCCUGAGCUCGGCGGAGGUUCAGUCGGCUCGCGUGUCGCCUCCGGAUGCUCCUGCGCCUCUGCCUGCGGCAGUAACCGUGCCGCCUCCGACCAAUCCUGCGGGUACUGCUCCCGCAUCCCUUGCUCCUGUUCCUCCUGCUCAACGUCCUUCGUCCCCGGGCCGUCGUCAGCAUCGGCCCCAUUCCCCUGCGCCGCGUGACGAGCGAGAGACGUCCCGGCGGCGGCACGAUUCACCUCGCCGCCGUGGUUCGCAGGCGAACUGGGCUGCCCCCCGUGGCGGCCGAGGGGGCUGGUGGGGAGGGCGUGGUCGCGGUGGCGGCUGGGUGUAUGAUCAGCCGGUGACGAUGGCUGACUUGCAACGAGUCGUGUCCGACGCAAUGCGCGAGGAGCGGAACGGGCGGGCGAGCCUGAGCAAUUCGCCGCGCCACGCUCCUGUGCCGGUGUCUCAUCCUCCGCCUGCGCCCGCUCCUCCUCUUCACGCGACUGCCGCACCUCCUCUUCAAGCUCCCGCCGCGUCUGCUGCUGCUCGUGGGAACCGUCUCCGGCUGCCGUGGGUUCCUCCUGUGGCGGGCGUGGAGUUUGUGACUGCGGGCGGGGGACCAGUGACGCCGCAGUAUCCGUCCCUGCUGCCUGUAGCUCCUGAUCCUUCGGCAGCUGAUCUUCCGGUACAGUCGCUGGUUGGGCCUUCUCCUUCGGUGGAUGUGCCCGAGGCGUCGCUCGGGCAGCUGUGGCGUCUCUCUGAGGGUCUGCGGGCUGUUCACCUGAUCCAGGUGUAUUGCCACGCGGCUCUUUCUCGUGGCGUGCCUCUGGUAGGCGGCCCUCUGGACGAGUGCUCGGAUGCCGCUGACAGGAUUGCCGAGCUCCUAGCGCCCGUGUUGGCUGCGCCCGCGCGGGGUGGAGUUGCGGGCGUUGGACAGCUUUGGACUGCGCUCCGUGGUUUGCGCCGGGUGAUGCGCGCAGCGACUGCAGUCGACCUGAUCGGCGCAACCACUGUGGUGGUGCGCGAACUUCAUCGCUCGCUGACGGGUCUUCUCGGCGUCCUUGAUGCGGAUCAGAUGUAG